AUGGCCAUUCCCGAGCCACAUCCAGCUACUUCCGUCAUAUGGACCGAGCAAGAUGAAUGGAAGAAGCAAUACAAGAUGGUCAAGUAUUCAGCUUCAGAGCAUAACAAACCCUUCACCGAUAUGCUAAGAGAAAGGAAUGGCUAUGACUGUCCAGAAGUCUCGUUCGUAAUGGAUAAGCACCCGUCAACUCGUGGAGAACAUGAAACAUUAUGUGUUGAAGCAUUCUGCCAGGGUGCUGAUUGGGUUCUUCUUGGAAAUGACCCAACUACAAUUCGAGGCCAUCAACUAGCAAAUGUGGAGGAGCCCAAAGCCUGGAUAUCGGAUCGAAACUAUUGGCUUCUCAGAGACACUACGACCGAGUCUCCCUCGUAUGAGAACAUAUUAGGUCGCCUUGAGUUUUACAAGGUCUUACAGAACGAGCGGUUUCGUGAGGGUCCAUCAGGAGAGAUGAUCGGGCCCAUCCGGCAUCUUUUUGUCAGUAAUCCAGAUGGAACAAGCGUAAUGGCAAUCUUGAAGACAGCAAAUCAAUUUCAAGCCCCUGCUCUUCAUGAUCUUUUUGCAAACUAUAUUACAACAAGUCCAACUCCAAGUAUCAAACUGAAAGUCUCUGACUUCUGGAACACAAGUUACGUUAUCAGCUUCGCUCUACCAUUUUAUGCAAUUGGUCUCAGUGGAAAGCAGGAUAGACGUACGCUUCAUGACCCCAAAUCCAUGUUCCGUGCUCGCUACACCCUGGAUUCUUUGAAUAUACAGGAACUACGCCGACUUCUAGGAUACUCAGAAGACUCCCGCCUAGAAGGGAAACUAGUACUGCACGAGGGAGUGUAUUCGUUUGCCACGACCGGUGUGACUGAGGAGCAUUGGACGGCGUAUUGCUUUGAUGAUGACUUCUAUGAAAGUGAACCACGUCUAUUAGAGGAAGGAGAAGAACUAGACAGCUCGGAAGGGUGUGUUGACCCAAUUAUAGUUGAGGUUGAGGUGAAAGAUACAGCGGCCCAGUGGCGUCCGAGGCAAUAUUCACUUGUUGCUUUGGCGAUACAGCUUGACAAGAUCCAUGGACAUCAUGCACGCAUACAUGAUGUGUUCAAACACAGUCUAGAUUCCUAUCACCGGAGACUUUAUAUCGUUCAUAACUUUUAUGUCCAAGAAACAUUUGACGGGGCUGACCUUUUACAGACACCCAUCACCAGAGACGGCCCCAGCAGGAAUCUCAACCCUUCAAACAAACAAGACUGGAAAAGGUUCCCUGAACUAUUGAGCAGGGUGAUAUUUUAUAAUACGAAGAACGUCGAAGAAGUCGAGAACUUCCUGGCGAAUGAUGUCAAGUUGAGCCCAGCCGGCAUGCCUCAAGGGGAACUCUGGCAGAGUCUACGAAGCGACGUCAAAGCUAUAAAGGCUUUAAGAGGAAUCGAGGGAAAGAUCAAAGAGCUAAGGGAUGUUGGGGACAAGCUUGAGGAGACAAAAAGAUCAUUCAAGGAACUCAGACGUGAAGUAUAUUCUUUUCCCCAUGCUCUAUCGUUUCGAUCGGCAAAACUGACGUUUUGUCUUAGAGGAAGCUCGAUCGUGCAGAUGAACAGCAAAUCAGAGACGAAAGAGCCAAGGAGUUUGCAAUUGCAGCAGUUGUAA